AUGGAUUUCCAGAACCGUGCAGGAUCCAAAUUCGGUGGCGGUGGUGUCGCAUCGCAAUCUGCGACCAACGCAGACCGUCGCGAGCGCCUUCGCAAGCUCGCCCUUGAGACAAUUGACCUGGACAAGGACCCGUACUUCUUCAAGAACCAUGUAGGAAGUUUCGAGUGUCGUCUGUGUUUGACGGUUCACCAGAACGAUGGCUCUUACCUCGCCCAUACCCAAGGCCGCAAGCAUCAGACAAAUCUGGCUAGACGUGCUGCGAGGGAGCAAAGGGAAGGAAAGAAUCAGGACCCAUCGACGCUGCCGGGUGCGAUGGGUGUUCAGGUUAAGAAGCAGACAAUCAAGAUUGGUCGGCCUGGUUACAAGAUCACGAAGAUCAGAGAUCCAUUGACGCGACAGCUGGGUUUGCUGUUUCAGCUGCAGUAUCAGGAAAUCACACCAGGUGUUCAGCCCCGAGUACGGUUCAUGUCGGCUUUUGAGCAGAAGGUGGAGGACCCCCCGGACAAGAACUUCCAGUAUCUUGUCGUAGCCGCAGAGCCAUAUCAGACGUGUGGUUUCAAGCUUCAGGCUCGAGAGAUUGACCGCAGAGAGGGUCGCUAUUGGACUUGGUUCGACGAAGAUAGCAAGGAAUUCUGGGUUCAGAUCAUGUUCAAGACCGAACGUGAGGAAAGAUUUAGUGGUGUCCCAGGUCUGGCACCGAUGGAACCCAAGUGA